CCCGCCCGGCGGGUGAAGCUGCGAGCGCUCCGAGUGCCGGUCUCGGGGCCGCCAGCGCUGCCCUCCAGCCGCCGCCCUCCGUGCCUCCUUCGGGCGGCCCCGCCCCCGUUCCCAUCCCCCUCGCGCUCACCUCCUGGCUGUGCAGCGCGCGAGGCGGAGCAAGUUGCCCGCCGCCGCCGCCGCCGCCGCGCUGGGCGAGAGCCUGCACCCGCGCCGCCGCUGACAGGAGGACCGCCGAGGGCUGCGCUAGCCGCCGGGCCGCGCCUUUCCCGGACGCAGACCCACAGCGGGCGUCGGAGCGCAGCGAGGUGCUCUGGGAUCGCGGGCGGCGCCGGCGGGCGGCGCGGUUCUCACAGGAGACCCCGGGGACUCGGGCUUGACCCCGAGGUGCAGCGAACCCCUCUCAGAGCGGCAGAAGUUUCUGCCAAAAUACAUUAUUCGAUUCUACUUUUUUUUCUCAGAAGAGGUAUCCCAAGUGGAGAGAUUUUGGAGCACAGCAUUUUUGUGAAUACUAGAAUAGCACAACCAUGUUUCGGAAUAGUCUCAAGAUGCUUCUUACUGGAGGGAAAUCAAGUCGUAAGAAUAGAUCAAGUGAUGGAGGGAACGAGGAAGCACCGGAUCGAAGACAGUCAAGUGUAGACUCUCGCCAAAGCCGCUCUGGGCAAGGUGGCAUCUCCACAGAAAGCGACUGUGCUUUUGAGCCAGACUACGCCGUCCCACCACUUCCAGUGAGUGAAGGUAUGCAGCACAUUCGGAUUAUGGAGGGCAUGUCUCGCUCUCUUCCAUCCUCCCCCUUACUCACACAUCAGUCUAUCAGUGUUCGGCUCCAACCUGUGAAGAAGUUAACUGCCCCUCUGAGGAAGGCAAAGUUUGUUGAGAGCCCACGAAUUCCAGAAUCCGAGCUUGGCUCACCAACCCUCACUUCAGCUCAGAAACUGGACGUGGAUGCAUACUGCCCUGGUGAUGCUGAACAAGAACUUGGUCCCCCUCCAUCUGUAGAUGAGGCAGCAAACACACUCAUGACUCGUCUGGGUUUCCUCCUUGGAGAGAAAGUCACGGAAGUUCAGCCAGGUGACCAAUACAACAUGGAAGUACAGGAUGAAAAUCAGACCUCAGCAAUCACGCAGAGGAUAAGUCCCUGUUCCACCUUGACUAGCAGCACUGCCUCUCCACCAGCCAGUAGCCCCUGCUCUACUCUCCCGCAAGUCAGUACAAAUGCAACUGCCAAGGAUAGCAGCUAUGGGGCUGUCACUAGUCCAACCUCCACCCUUGAAAGCAGAGAUAGCGGUAUCAUUGCUACCUUGACAAGCUAUUCUGAAAACAUGGAACGCACAAAAUACGUUGGGGAAAGCAGUAAAGAAUUAGGAUCUGGAGGAAACAUAAAGCCUUGGCAGUCUCAAAAAUCCAGCAUGGAUUCCUGUUUAUAUCGAGUAGAUGAAAACAUGACGGCUUCCACCUAUAGUCUGAAUAAGAUCCCAGAGAGGAAUUUGGAAACAGUUUUAUCACAGUCAGUACAGUCUAUUCCUCUUUAUCUUAUGCCACGGCCAAAUUCAGUAGCAGCCACAAGCUCCACCCACUUGGAGGACCUCGCUUACCUGGAUGAGCAGAGACAUACACCUUUGAGAACUUCUCUUCGAAUGCCAAGACAGAGCAUGGCCGGUGCUCGCACACAACAGGAUUUAAGAGUUCGCUUUGCACCUUAUAGGCCUCCCGAUAUCUCCCUGAAGCCGCUGCUCUUUGAAGUGCCCAGCAUCACUACAGAGUCAGUGUUUGUUGGCCGGGAUUGGGUUUUCCAUGAAAUAGAUGCUCAACUUCAGAGUUCAAAUGCCAGCGUGAACCAAGGAGUAGUGAUCGUGGGGAACAUUGGGUUCGGCAAAACCGCCAUCGUCUCCAGACUGGUGGCCCUCAGCUGCCACGGAACACGGAUGAGACAGAUCGCCUCAGACAGCCCACAUGCCUCCCCGAAACAUAUGGAUGCCAACAGAGAGCUGCCACUCACACAGCCACCUUCAGCCCACUCAUCCAUCACCAGUGGAAGCUGCCCAGGAACUCCAGAAAUGCGGAGGCGGCAGGAGGAGGCCAUGCGGAGACUAGCCUCGCAGGUGGUUGCCUAUCACUAUUGCCAAGCAGAUAAUGCCUACACCUGCCUGGUGCCGGAAUUCGUCCACAACGUUGCUGCCCUGCUCUGCCGCUCACCGCAGCUGGCGGCCUAUCGGGAGCAGCUUCUCCGGGAGCCUCACCUACAGAGCAUGCUGAGCCUUCGGUCCUGUGUUCAAGAUCCCAUGGCCUCCUUCCGGAGGGGAGUGCUGGAGCCCCUGGAGAAUCUCCACAAAGAGAGAAAAAUCCCAGAUGGAGAUUUCAUCAUCUUAAUUGAUGGAUUAAAUGAAGCAGAAUUUCACAAACCGGAUUAUGGGGAUACAAUUGUAUCAUUUCUGAGUAAAAUGAUUGGAAAAUUUCCUUCCUGGCUGAAACUAAUUGUAACAGUUAGGACCAGUUUACAGGAAAUUACCAAGCUGCUGCCUUUCCAUAGGAUUUUUUUGGAUCGACUAGAAGAGAAUGAAGCCAUAGACCAGGACCUGCAGGCUUACAUCCUGCACCGGAUACACAGCAGCUCAGAGAUCCAGAAUAACAUUUCACUUAAUGGCAAAAUGGACAAUACUACAUUUGGCAAACUCAGUUCUCAUCUCAAGACACUCAGUCAAGGGUCCUAUCUAUACCUGAAACUCACAUUUGACCUCAUAGAGAAAGGCUAUCUAGUGUUAAAGAGCUCUAGCUACAAAGUAGUUCCUGUUUCGCUCUCUGAGGUUUACUUACUCCAGUGCAAUAUGAAGUUCCCAACCCAGUCUUCCUUUGACCGGGUGAUGCCUCUCCUGAAUGUGGCAGUGGCCUCUCUCCACCCACUGACUGAUGAACAUAUCUUCCAAGCCAUCAAUGCUGGCAGCAUUGAAGGCACGCUAGAAUGGGAGGAUUUUCAGCAGAGAAUGGAGAACCUCUCCAUGUUCCUAAUCAAGCGCAGAGACAUGACUCGUAUGUUUGUACAUCCUUCUUUUCGAGAAUGGCUUAUCUGGAGAGAAGAAGGAGAGAAAACCAAAUUUCUCUGUGAUCCCAGGAGUGGUCACACAUUACUUGCCUUCUGGUUUUCCCGCCAAGAGGGAAAACUAAACCGACAGCAGACAAUUGAACUGGGACAUCACAUCCUCAAAGCACACAUUUUUAAGGGUUUGAGUAAAAAAGUUGGAGUGUCAUCCUCCAUCCUCCAAGGUCUCUGGAUCUCCUAUAGCACAGAGGGUCUUUCCAUGGCAUUGGCAUCUUUACGAAAUCUCUAUACUCCAAAUAUAAAGGUCAGCCGACUGCUGAUUUUGGGAGGUGCCAACAUUAAUUACCGGACAGAGGUUUUAAAUAAUGCUCCAAUUCUAUGCGUCCAGUGUCAUCUUGGUUACACAGAAAUGGUGGCCCUACUGUUGGAGUUUGGGGCCAACGUGGAUGCCUCCUCGGAAAGCGGCCUGACUCCUCUGGGCUAUGCUGCAGCCGCAGGCUUCCUAAGCAUUGUCGUGCUGCUGUGCAAGAAACGGGCCAAGGUGGAUCACUUGGAUAAGAAUGGGCAGUGUGCCUUGGUCCACGCUGCACUCCGAGGUCAUCUGGAGGUUGUCAAGUUUUUGAUUCAGUGUGACUGGACAAUGGCGGGCCAGCAGCAAGGGGUGUUUAAGAAGAGCCAUGCCAUCCAGCAGGCCCUCAUCGCUGCAGCCAGCAUGGGUUAUACUGAGAUUGUCUCCUACCUACUUGAUCUUCCAGAAAAAGAUGAGGAAGAGGUGGAACGAGCACAGAUCAACAGCUUUGACAGUCUCUGGGGAGAGACAGCCCUGACAGCUGCAGCCGGAAGGGGCAAACUGGAGGUGUGUCGUCUACUCCUGGAACAGGGGGCAGCAGUGGCCCAGCCAAACCGCCGAGGGGCAGUGCCCUUAUUCAGCACCGUUCGCCAAGGCCACUGGCAGAUUGUUGAUCUUUUACUCACCCACGGAGCUGAUGUCAACAUGGCGGACAAGCAGGGCCGCACUCCCCUGAUGAUGGCAGCCUCCGAAGGCCACCUGGGAACUGUGGACUUUCUCCUUGCUCAAGGUGCCUCCAUUGCACUAAUGGACAAAGAAGGAUUGACAGCCCUCAGCUGGGCUUGUUUGAAGGGUCACCUCUCAGUAGUACGUUCUCUGGUGGAUAAUGGAGCCGCCACAGACCAUGCUGACAAGAAUGGCCGCACCCCACUGGAUCUGGCGGCUUUCUAUGGUGAUGCUGAGGUGGUCCAGUUCCUGGUGGAUCACGGGGCCAUGAUUGAGCACGUUGACUACAGCGGAAUGCGCCCUUUGGACAGGGCAGUGGGGUGCCGGAACACUUCUGUUGUUGUCACUCUUCUGAAGAAAGGAGCCAAGAUAGGUCCAGCCACAUGGGCGAUGGCUACCUCCAAACCAGACAUCAUGAUCAUCCUGCUGAGCAAGCUGAUGGAAGAGGGGGACAUGUUUUAUAAGAAAGGGAAAGUAAAGGAAGCUGCCCAGCGCUACCAGUACGCUCUGAAGAAAUUCCCUAGAGAAGGGUUUGGUGAGGACUUGAAAACCUUCCGGGAACUAAAAGUGUCUCUCCUCCUCAACCUCUCUCGAUGUCGCAGGAAAAUGAACGAUUUUGGAAUGGCGGAGGAAUUUGCUACUAAGGCCCUGGAGCUGAAACCGAAAUCUUAUGAAGCUUACUAUGCAAGAGCAAGGGCAAAACGCAGCAGCAGCAGACAGUUUGCAGCAGCCUUAGAGGACCUGAACGAGGCCAUCAAGCUGUGUCCAAACAACCGUGAGAUCCAGAGGCUUCUGCUGAGAGUGGAGGAGGAGUGUCGGCAGAUGCAGCAGCAGCCGCCGGCGGCACAGCAGCAGCCUCAGCAGCAGUUACCGGAAGAGACAGAACCCGAACCCCAGCAUGAAGAUAUCUACUCCGUGCAGGACAUACUCGAGGAGGAGUUCUUGGAACAGGAUGUUGAGAAUGUGUCCAUCGGCCUCCAGACGGAGGCUCGGCCCAGCCAGGGGCCCCCGAUAAUCCAGAGCCCGCCCCCCUCCCCGGCCCACCGUGACGCGGCCUACGUCUCCAGCUCGCCUCUCGGCUCUCACCAGGUUUUUGACUUCCGGUCCAGUAGUUCUGUAGGUUCUCCCACUAGGCAGAGCUAUCAGUCCACCUCACCUGCUCUUUCUCCAACUCACCAGAACUCGCAUUACAGGCCUAGUCCCCCGCACACUUCCCCAGCUCAUCAGGGAGGAUCUUACCGCUUCAGCCCCCCUCCUGUGGGAGGGCAGGGCAAGGAAUACCCGAGCCCUCCCCCGUCCCCUCUCCGCAGAGGCCCUCAGUAUCGGGCCAGCCCUCCCGCGGAAAGCAUGAGUGUCUAUAGAUCCCAGUCAGGCUCCCCCGUGCGCUAUCAGCAAGAAACAAAUGUUAGUCAGCUUCCUGGAAGACCGAAAUCUCCAUUAUCCAAGAUGGCCCAGCGGCCCUACCAGAUGCCCCAGCUUCCCGUGGCAGUGCCCCAGCAAGGGCUCAGGCUCCAGCCGGCCAAAGCGCAGAUCGUGAGAAGCAACCAGCCCAGCUCAGCAGUUCAUUCGAGCACUGUCGUCUCCACAGGGGCCUAUGGCCAAGUGGCCCAUUCAAUGGCUGGUAAAUACCAGUCUUCACAAGGAGACAUAGGAGUAAGUCAGAGCCGGUUGGUUUAUCAAGGGUCAAUCGGGGGGAUUGUAGGGGAUGGCAGACCCGUGCAGCAUGUGCAGGCCAGCCUGAGUGCAGGCGCCAUCUGUCAGCACGGAGGGUUGACCAAAGAAGACCUUCCCCAGCGACCUUCCUCCGCCUAUCGAGGUGGCAUGAGAUACAGCCAGACACCACAGAUUGGGCGUAGCCAGUCCGCAUCCUAUUACCCAGUCUGUCACUCAAAACUAGACCUGGAGCGUUCCUCCAGCCAACUAGGUUCCCCUGAUGUGUCACAUUUAAUCAGAAGACCUAUUAGUGUCAACCCUAAUGAAAUCAAACCCCACCCACCAACUCCCAGGCCAUUGCUGCACUCCCAAAGCGUAGGCCUUCGUUUCUCUCCAUCUAGCAAUAGUAUCUCAUCCGCCUCCAACCUAACUCCUACCUUCCGGCCAUCUUCCUCGAUUCAACAAAUGGAGAUCCCACUGAAACCGGCAUACGAUAGGUCAUGUGACGAGCUGUCGCCAGUGUCUCCCACUCAGGGAGGUUACCCUAGUGAGCCCACCCGAUCCAGGACCACACCAUUCAUGGGGAUCAUAGAUAAAACAGCCCGGACUCAACAGUACCCCCACCUUCACCAGCAGAAUCGGACCUGGGCAGUGUCAUCAGUGGAUACCGUUCUCAGUCCUACGUCUCCAGGCAACCUGCCUCAGCCUGAGUCCUUCAGCCCACCGUCAUCCAUCAGCAACAUUGCCUUUUAUAACAAAACCAACAAUGCACAGAACGGCCACUUGCUGGAGGACGAUUACUACAGCCCCCAUGGGAUGCUGGCUAACGGGUCGCGCGGAGACCUGCUGGAGAGAGUUAGCCAGGCCUCCUCGUACCCCGACGUGAAGGUGGCUCGGACCCUCCCUGUGGCUCAGGCGUACCAGGACAACCUGCACAGGCAGCUGUCCCGGGACUCUCGACACGGGCAGACGUCCCCUAUCAAACCAAAGAGACCAUUUGUGGAGUCUAAUGUCUAAAAGACGUGUGUUGGAGUGAGACCCCUAUGUGUUCACUGCACAUUUUCAGGCUUGGUUUCCACAUUCGAGGUAGUUCUCUGGCUUAAUUUCUCAUGUAGUUUCCGCGUGGUGUUCAGAGGUGGCAGCCCACAUGCCGAAAUCCUUUGCAUGCAGCCAACUGGGAAGCUGGCCUCCGGGGAGCCAGGACUUGGGUUUCUUUUGUCUGUACCCUAGCCACACGCUCUCUCCCUCUCUUCAGAUGCCAACGAGGAGAUUGUUGUGCCGUGUGCUUUAACCCAGGGAGAUCAGACACACUGGUCAGCUUUUUCCAGGAGACAAUCGCUUUCACUGAUGUUCUUGUUGUGUAAAACGUCUUUCUCCUUUUUUUACAAAAAUAAGAUGUUCUUGUUCGUUUUCUUCUAGGAACUUUAGAAAGAGUGUGAUGCCCCUUUGCCUUUGCAUUCUUAUCCAGUGUUAUCCAAAUAGCAGCCCCAGUGCAUUCUUGUGCCAUGGUCUCCUCCCCUGGACCGCCAGCUCCCUGCAGCCAUCCGGUCUAGAAUGUUCAUUUAGAUUAUCGCUGGUCUUCCUCUGGGGGUAAAGGAUCAAGGAGAAAGAGAAGAAAUAAGAAAGCACCAAUGCAGUUAUUUGAAAUGUCACUACAUGGAUUUCCCAAGAGGCAUUUUAGGAACAUUGAGAAAACAACCAGCCCUUUAAAUAUUCCAGUCAGCCGAGGAAAUUGGAUGAGAAUCAUGCAUACUUCUAAAUAAUUCACUGAGUUAUUCUUUACGUUUUUAGCCAAAUUAACCAUUAAAAGCUACCGAUUUUCCAUGGGUGGGGGAGAGAAUAAAUAAGUACAUAGAGAGACUGUUCUGGAUUCUCAGUGAAAGGCUGUAGAAAAUCUGUCUUGGAGAAAUCUACUUUUUGGGUUCUGAUACGUCACUGAGCAUCGUAUUCCUCAAAAAGCACUCUCUUCCCGGAGGUUGCCUGGUGUAGUAAUCCUGUUAAGUUGGAUCUUUGCCUAGAGCCAGAUUUUGUUCUACUGGCCCUCUUUUUGUUUUUUUUUUUAAACCCAGAUGGUAUAGUGAAGAAUUGGUUUUGGGGGAAGGAAGUUGAAUUCUCUGGGGACGGUAAGACUUAUUCCCAGAGCUUGCACCCAGGGCCAUUGCAUUCCACGGCAAAUGCUGUCUAACUCCAUUUCAAGAUCUAUUGUUUCAUUAUCUGUUAUUACAGGAAUUGUUUACUCUUUUCUUCUUCUAGGUAGGAGUGUUUGGGGAUUGAUAUUUAAAAGCCAGGCACAGCAAAGUGUUUCCGGGUGAAGAAAGACCCCUUUCAGCCCUGGGUAGGAGCACAUAAGGUAGACAGCAAGUCUUCUGAUCCAGUCACCCUCCAGACAUCUCCUGUGUCUGGUGGCCCUUUGCUAACCGGUCCUUUGAGUGACUGAGGCCAGCAUGAGAGGGACGGCAAGAACACUGAAAUCGAAGCCUUAGCACAGGCCUGGUAGCGACUGCACAUCAGCUCUUAAAGUUAACAAACUAAACAACUAAAAGUAAACAAAAGAGAAUUCGGUCACUGUUACCAGGAAUCAUUCUGCUCUUGUUAGUAAAGGGCUACAGGAAGGGAGGUUUCCUGAGCAAAAAUCCAGAUGUGACCAGACCUGUUUGUGAUAGUAAGUGUCCUCUGAAAGAAUCGUUAAGACAUGGGGAGCAUGAAGCUGAAAUCAGAAACACUUCUUUACUAACUUAGAUUCUGCCAAACAGAUGAACCCCUCCACCCCCAAGCCUGGAACAGGCCAGGAUGUGUGUCCUGUGCUAGAAGUCAACAGCAAGGCUAACUCGAGACCCAGCCUCUGUCCACUCUCUCUGAUGCUUAAGGACUAUCUCCCACUCACCUAGCCCAGAGUGGACAUCAGUGUCUCUCUCUCUCUCAUCAAGAAGGUGAAAUGUACAGCUAUAGCAUCAGCCUACAGCCAGGAGCCCAGCAGCCUCUCAGCUUUUUUUGUCCAGACCUCAGCCCUGUUGGGCUCUUUGCAUCUUACCCUUUUUAACUGCUACUCCCUGAGGCGCUGCUGCUACAUUUUGCGAAUUUCUCAGUGUUUAUUAGAAAAGUGCCCCUCGUUUAUUUGGAACACCACACGUGCCACCUGCACUCACGUGAGUGGGCAAGCAGGUGCUGUAGUUUUACAAAUACACCACUGAUGCCACUUCUCCCGAGCGUGUCUCUUAGAAUUUUCUAGGACAGACAGAUUUAGGGUCCAUGCCUUACUGGACAAAACACUAAACUGUCAACAGUCAAGAUGCAAUUCUUUUUUAGCCAUCGUAAGAAGGAGUGAAUAUCACUACUGGGCGCCCGUUGUUUUUGACUAAAAAUUGCCAACUGGACCUUAUUGGAGCAGGAGACAAAGCUCUUCCUUGUAAGCAGACUGCCUGUGCCCUGUUUUGCUACUUCACUGCCACGGGACGAUCUCAGUGCUGUACCUUAGAGAUGCCUCCUCCCCAGGCAGCACUUGCUCAGUCAAUGUCUGGCUUCAGGUGGGGGGGGGGGGGAAUUUUUCACAUGAAACCGGUAAGUUCCACUCAGCCAAUUCACAUCACCCUGAAAUGGAGACAGUGGUGACAGACUUCAGCUUAUAGGUUUCUCACCAAAUCCUACCUUCCGUUCACCCAGAAUUCUUGCACUAAUGGGUUUCCAUCACAUCAUGUCUUUAAAUGGGUGCACUUUAUUGUUUGAAUUUGUAACUGAUAAAUACUGGAUAUUUAAGUGUGAGUAAUGUCUUCAUUAGAAAAUAGCAAAACCGCCCUUGUCUUUUAGUGUAUUUUUCAAGGGAAAAAAAAAAAAAAAGGAAAGAAAGCAAGCAGUGGAUCACAACAUUUAUAGCACAAGAAAUAACUGUUGUAUAUAAGCAUCAAAAAGAUUAAGAGUUUUUAAAUACAAAAAAAUAUUUGCCGUGAUUUUAAAGUGCUUUUCCAGCAAUUUUCUUAGGGACUCCUGAGACAUGGUUACUUUAUUUACUGGAUCAGUAAGGCACACAAUUAACAAUUAAAAAUUAAUGUUUAUUUACAAAGUAAAGGGAAAACCUGUGUAACAUGAGAAUUUGGCAUGGACAAAAUGGAGACCAUUUUGUAUCUGCUGUUGUAUCUUGUCCGGUUUGCAGACGUGCGCUAUUAAAAGUCCCAAGUUAAUAGAGCACAAACCCUUCUUGUUCCUCUCCCAUGUGCCCUUCUUUCUAGAUGUGUUUAACUUAAACUCGAAGGCUCAGGAAAAUUCCACUAAUUAGAAUCAUGUACAGUACCCCAGGUCGUUGUCCAGAGAUAACAAGUUUGCUAAUUUAGUUAAGCCUGGAUUAUUGUAAACAGAACAGCUUAGAGAAAGGUAUUCUCGGCCCUUAUAUUGUAUAGUAGUUUAUGAACCCCCUCUCUAAAUAUUGGUAUUUUUAUAUUCCAGAGAUGUACCCAACAGAAAAAUUAAUCAGUAUCUAAUUUAAUAUCCAUAAGUAUUUUCCUUAGAUUUUAGUCAUAGACAGUGGGUUUUUGUGGAUGUCACCUUGCUUCACCAUACUUUACCACUAGGUGUCACUGUGGCUCUGCACCAGGCUUGUCUGGUAGCAGAGAAUGGCAGCAUCUCUGGAGGAGCGACAUCCAGGCCAACAACAGACAGGCUCAUAGGCUCAAGAGGGUUCGAGAAGGAGGGAACAAAGGCCUGGAAAGGGCUCUUCAUACAUCUGUGCCAGAUGUGGCGAGAUAAGCUCUUUGAACACUUCCUGCUUUGGACCUUCAGCCAGGCAGAGGCUGGGGGAAGGCUGACCAGAGCUCCUUUUCUCUGGUGGAUGAAUGGGUGUGCAGAAGACCCAUUUCUUCCCCAGGAGCAUCCCUCUCAGUUCCUCUCGGCCUCCAACUUUUAUAACUCCAGAGGUGUCACGGUUGGAUGGUUUGAUUCAAAGAUAGUUAUUUUUCUCCUGCAGAAUUGCCUUGGACAAAACCAGUUGCUUGCUGAAUCUUUGCCACAAAAUGGAACAGGCUCCCCAGGGGGCAGGAUGUACCCACCCCAUCCCAGCCUCGCCCGCCCUGCCUGUCUGUCCCGGGGCUGCCCCCUUCUCGAGAAGCUACCCUGCAGAGGCAGCCUGCAGCUGCUCCCACACCAGGCCUGUGCCACCCGGUUGCGUGUGCACUGGGGGUGUGUGUGGCUUUCUCUCCUUCUCCUCUAGGAAUUCCAGACUGACCAGCAGCUACCAUGACUGACAACAGUGAACAAAGGGCUUAGGGGUAGGAGCUACCUACAAAGACGUGUCAUGGAAACCUUCACCAUGCAAUGCCUUGAACUCAGCUCUGGCUGCUCCCAAGAAGAGGUGGCUGGCUGGGGGCCUGGACACAAGCACAAUGGGGCUGGUGGAGCCACUGUGCAGAGCUACUUGAAUAAUCACUGGGACUUCAUCAACUUUUAUAACACAGACCACUCAAGGGCUGAAGUGUUGGUAACCUGCAUUUCGGUGUCCAAUGCCUCACAGCAGCUGAACCACCCUGAGAUGCUUGUGGCCAGCUGAUGGCCACAGUCAGAGCUUUGAAAGUCAGUACCAAAUGAAUGCGUAAUUGGACACCAAAAAUCAAGUGUUACUUUCGUGUUUCCUCACCCAUAUCCUCUCAUUUCUUCCUGCUGACUCUGUGAUAUCUCCACUAAGCUGACCUGUCAGGUUUUAGCUGGAUGCAUAUAGGUGCAGGCCGGCAUUGCUCUCGUUUUUUCCACCUAGUCUGUGGAAAGGAAGGAGCUUAGCGGGCUGUGUUGUAGCACUUGCUGGCUGGAUUUUUCUUUUGCCUAAUCGCUAACCAGAACACCUGGUUAGGGGGACUCAACUCAAUCCCUUUGGUCCCCAGGACCAGACAGAGAGUCAAUUCUGGAAAAUUCAGUACUUGAAUGUACCUGCCUUAUUGUGAACCAACUUACUGGAAAAGUGUUAGAAAUGCUGGCUCCAGAUCUCUACUUCAUUCACAGGUUAUUUUGGAAGUUCUGUAAGUUACACUUCCUGUUCUGGUUUGGUUUUUUUGGUUUGUUUUUGUUUCUGUUUUUUUUUUUCCUCUUUGGCUGAUUCCUGCUGAGUGGGACCAGUUCCUCGUCAGGCUCAGGGCAGGUGCCAUUCUCAGGCAUGGCCUCCUUUCCAUCCAGCAUAGCAUCUUUGUCUCUGUUCUGUCUCCUCCAAAUCCAAGAUGAUUUUAAUUAGUACAGACAUGUACAGUCUACAAUUAAAGAGUGAUUUGUACUAAUAUGAUUUUGAUUCUUCCUCCUCUUUGCUGUCCUUUCAAGACACUUGCUGGAAAAAGCUUUAAUGCACUUAGUUUUCCUUUAGGUUUUCUAUAACUCAGAUGUAAAGGACUUUCUCUGUACAGUAUAUUAUCCAAUGCAUGUUUGUUCUCUAUCCUGAUAUAUUGAACACCACACAGUUGUGAACUCGUGCAGUGGGGAUGUCCCACACCCAGCAGAGGCAUCUAGGCCCCUGUGUAUAAGGAAAGACGUUUUCCUUUGCUGUACUUGCUUGAGCAGUUUUAUUGUCUGUACACGUGAGCUGUGUGAGAUAGAUGUGAAAAGUUAAAUGAAUGCAGUUUCCUGCCCAUGUAUACAGAUCGCCAUCUGUACAAUGAACUGUAUGUAUGAAAGCAAAUGUACUUAUUUAUAAAUGGGUAACACUUGGAAAAACA